GAAGGAGGGACGGAGGGAAGACACAGACCGCUCGAAGCUGGCUCAAAUCGGUCAGAGCUCUUUCACAGCAGCGACCAGCCUGCGUGUUGUUCAGCGUGGACACGCCGGCAUCUUUUAUUUACUAUUAAAACCUUUUUUUUAAUAGCAGGGAUCGAUGUGGACACCUUUCCGCAUCCAUCGUUUUUCAUUUGGAGAGACGUGCGGAAGCUGUGCACUGAAGGGACAGCACGCCGAACCAGAUGGACUCACUUCUCUAUUUUUAUCUCACUAAGCUCAGCGUUUCGACUGGUCGUUUAACCCAAACGCCAGGCUUCACUGGGUAUCUGUGAGAAAGGGGGAGACCAGGUGAUUUAAGGAUUCUAUUUCUGAAGCAGAUAAACAGACAAGACCAUCACAGCCCAGGAACUAUUGAGAUUUGUGAGAGGGAUCUAACUUCCAUUUGGAGGUAAACAAAGUCUUAGCCCAGCAGAGAGAACGCGUUCAGAAGAAAGGAGGCGGCCAGCUUAACCAUGGAGGUCGCAGCUGCCGAUCAGUCUCGGUGGAUGGCGCAUCACCAUGCCGUGCUAAACGGCCAGCACCCGGACUCUCACCACCACAGUCUGAGCCACAACUACAUGGAGCCCAUGGCGCCCUUAUUGCCCCAGGACGAAGUUGACAUGUUUCUGAACCACUUGGACUCUCAAGGGAACCCCUACUACACCAACUCCCGAGCAAGAGUCACUUACAGUCAAGCACAUGCUCGCCUCACUGGGAACCAGGUUUGCCGACCACACCUCAUCCACAGCCCCGGUAUUCCCUGGCUGGACCCGGGGAAAGCAGCCCUGUCUGCUGCCCACCAUCAUAACGCAUGGGCGGUCAGCCACUUCAGCAAACCCGGCUUGCACCCCGCCGGCUCCGGCUAUCCCUGCAGCAGCAGCUCCGGCACGGCCCCGGUGUCCUCGCUCACCCCGGCGUCCCAUUCCAGCCCGCACCUCUACAGUUUUCCCCCUACCCCUCCGAAAGACGUGUCUCCAGACCCAGGUCCUACCUCCCCGACCUCCACAUCGACGAGAAUGGACGAGAAAGAGUCGAUUAAAUACCAGCUGACUGACGGAAUGAAAAUGGAGAGCUGUAGUCCGCUCCGCAGCAGCCUGGCCUCGAUGAACAGCCAGACGCCGGCCACACACCAUCCCAUCCCAACUUACCCCACAUACUCUCUGCCUACACCCCACGAAUACAGCGGCAGUCUCUUCCACCCUGGGAGCCUGCUGGGUGGAUCUUCCUCCAGCUUUACGCCCAAAUGUAAAAGCAAAGCCAGGUCGUGCUCAGAAUUAUAUGCAGAGGGCCGUGAGUGUGUUAACUGCGGUGCCACCUCCACCCCCCUUUGGCGACGGGAUGGUACCGGCCACUACCUGUGCAACGCCUGCGGACUGUACCACAAGAUGAACGGCCAGAACCGACCUCUUAUCAAGCCCAAACGCAGACUGUCCGCUGCUAGACGUGCAGGCACCUGCUGUGCAAACUGCCAGACCACCACCACCACCCUGUGGAGGCGCAACGGGAACGGAGACCCGGUGUGCAACGCCUGCGGCCUCUACUAUAAACUGCACAAUGUCAACAGACCCCUGACCAUGAAGAAAGAGGGCAUCCAGACACGCAACCGCAAGAUGUCCAGCAAGUCCAAGAGAAACAAGCGAGCAGGGGACAGCUUUGAUGAGUUGUCUAAGUGCAUGCAUGACAAGGCCUCCCCCUUCAGCAGCGCGCCGGGCCUCACCGGCCACAUGACCCACAUGGGUCACCUGCCCCCCUUUAGCCACUCGGGACACAUGCUGCCUACUCCCACGCCCAUCCACCCUUCCUUUGGUCACCCCCACCACUCCAGCCGCUCACCGGUCUGGGCUGAGCCUCACUGAAGCCCCCCCCCCCAGAUCAGGAUCUCCUCCACUUCGGAGCCCGCGCAUUGCCAUCAACACUACACGGCCUCCACAUCACGGUGAAAACUGAGCUGACUUCUCGCCUCAUGUACAGUGGUUGGAGGGGAGGGACUCUCAGUUGUGGACUUUAUGACUGAAGGUCGCGUCCCGCCUGACCUCACUGAGAGCGAGACGUCACUGGACUCUGUUGAGAGCUAAUGUAAAGAGGGAGUUGUUUGUCCCCGGGUGGCUAAGACUUGCGGAAAUGGAGUGAAUGGAGACGCUUGUCAUUCUUUUUGCUUAUUUUUACUAAGUCACUUUGGUACCCACCUCUCCUUGACCCUGUAACAGGAGACUCACGAGAGGUCUUAAAAGAACCACUGUGCUCACCUCCUGACCGUUUCGUCAUAUAUUGAGAUACGUGCACCCUGUCCAUUCCUGGGUAUUGUCCACAGUUGCUGCGGACAAACUGCCAGACUCUUCAGUGCUGAAAGUCUCAAAACCAGCUUGAAGCACCCACACACCUCUGUUGUGAACCAGUCAGACUCAGACUACAGUACCCACAAACCACCACUCUCCUCACAUGCUGGAUUGUACACCACCACAAUGCUCACGUGUUUUUAAUGACGGACUUUUAUAGAAAAAAGACGCAAGUAAAUAGAGUGUUUAUAAACGCUUAAUUGCUAUUAUUGUUGUUAUAUUUGAUGUUAUAAUUAUUGCUACGAUAAUUUAUUUUCACUCUUUAAGCUUUCGUCAAAGACACAUGGAAACUGUUAUGAUUUUAAUUUCAUGGAUAUUACGUAAAGGAAAACACUGACCUAUCUUAGAUGAAAUGUUGUCCCUGAGCUGUACGUUUUUAUCAUUUUUUCCAUCUCACAAAAGCAAAAGAAAUAAAGUUUAAUACUGAGGUAAA